AUGUUUUCAUCUCGGCGACAGGACCAUGAAGAAUUGGGCGCAUACACGACUGUCGCACAGACCGAGGCUGCAGGUGUCGACCCUACCCCCACAGAAGAUGUACCGUUCGAAGCUCCCAUUCACAUUGGUUCCAUACCAACAGCAGAAGACAUGCUCUUUCUUCCGCGUGUCGCAGACACACUCCCACAUGGCGCUUUUCUAGUAGCGAUUGUCGAGCUCUGCGAGCGCUUCGCUUACUACGGACUUUCUGGGCCAUUCCAGAAUUACAUCGCAAAUGACUACGAUGAUCCCAACGGUCUACCUGGCGCUCUCGGUCUGAAACAGAGUGGUGCGACGGCGAUGACAAACUUCUUCCAAUUUUGGUGUUACCUCACACCUUUGUUCGGAGCUGUUGUUGCAGACCAGUACCUUGGCAAGUAUGCUACGAUCAAGUGGUUCAGCUUAGUGUACAUGGUCGGCAUCGGCAUUCUCUUCGUUACCAGCUUACCGUGGGCCGUUAGAGGUGGAGCUGCAUACCCCGGACUCGUUGUCGCCAUGCUGGUCAUCGGUCUUGGUACCGGCGGCAUCAAGAGCAACGUAUCGCCACUGAUCGCGGAGCAAGUACGAUCCAACAAACCCUUUGUCAAAACUUUGACGAGCGGCAAGCGGGUUAUUGUUGAUCCAGAGAUCACAGUGCAGAGGAUAUACAUGAUCUUUUACAUGUGCAUCAACGUUGGUUCCAUAUCCGCCAUAGCAACAACGAUGCUUGAGCUACACGUUGGCUUUUGGAGUGCCUAUUUCUUACCACUGGUCAUGUUCUGCGUGGGGUAUGUUAUACUGGUCCGGGGAAGGAAGCAGUACAUCAUCAAACCACCACAGGGCGGUGUGAUUGCUAAUUGCUUCCGCGCCUUGUAUAUCGCCGCAAGAAACGGUGGAGACCUCAACAAAGCGAAAGCCUCCGCUCAGGGUCACGGCCGAAGUAGAUCGAAAGUGACGUGGGAUGAUAAGUUCAUUGACGAGUUGAAGACUGCGUUGGUAGCGUGUAAAGUCUUCUUGUUCUUCCCGAUCUAUUGGCUCUCGUACUCGCAAAUGCUGAACAAUUUCGUUUCACAGGCUGGUCAGAUGGAGUUGCAUGGCCUACCGAACGACAUCCUUCCCAAUAUUGACCCAGUCACCAUCAUUGUGCUCAUUCCGAUCAUGGACCGCCUCAUCUACCCAUUCGUCCGCACAAGGCUACACAUUGCGUUGAUGCCGAUUACGCGCAUCUCCCUCGGCUUUCUGAUGGCUGCGCUUGCAAUGUUGUAUGCUGGCGCUCUCCAAUCCAAGAUCUACGCAGCACCACCUUGUUACUUUAGUCCAUCGAAUUGCAACGCGGGAAAGAUCAGCGAGGGAAGGUUCCAACCAAACGAAGUUCACGUCGCCUGGCAAGCCCCAGCGUAUGUUUUGAUCGCUCUGAGUGAGAUCCUCGCAAGCAUCACCGGAUUGGAGCUAGCAUAUGCAAAAGCACCGGAGAACAUGAAGAGCUUCAUCAUGAGUCUCUUCUUGCUCACGAGCGCCGGUGGAAGCGCAUUGGGUAUCUUGAUUGCUCCGCUGGCAAAAGAUCCGCAUUUGCAGUGGCUGUACUUUGGCCUAGCAACUAUUGCCGCUAUGGCUGGCAUAGUGUUCUAUCGCAUGUUCAAGGACGUUGAUGACAGUCCCGUUGCGAAGUUGGAGGAUGCUGGAGAGUAUGAGUUGACCGGGAACGCGGGCGCCGACGACGACGGGUAUUAUAGCGAAGAUGCUGACAUUGUUCGCGGCUCACAACGCGCAUGA